UAGUCUAUCUUAAAUUUUUACGAUACCACUAUGUCCAUUCUGGAUGAAAUUGAAGUCGUGAAGUCUAUUUAUUGUCAGCAAGGAGAGUUUGAAGCUAUUGAUCUGGAAAGCUCUUUAUCUAAAUCGUUUAAACUCAAUUUGACACACGCGGAGGAGAAUUGUCAACAACUCAGAAUUACUUUUUAUAUAUCUCACAAAUAUCCAGAAGUUGUGCCACAUGUGACAAUUGAUUCACCAAUGCUGACAAGAGAAUCUUCCUCUGGACUGAACAGCGAGAUGUCCAAGUUUGCGACAGAGAAUAAUCUUUUGAACAGUCAAAUGUUAUUAGACCUUAUAUUGUGGAUUAAAGAUAACGUGGCAAAAUUUGCUUCUGGUGUAAAUUCGAAUAGACUUCAGGGUUGCGGAGAUGAAGGAAGUCUUACUAAGAAUAAAACGAAGGAAAUUUGUGUGAUACAGCUUGAUCAUAUGCGCUCAAAAAACAAUUAUCUAAAAACGUUACAAAAAUGGGCAACUCAAUUACAAGUCCAGGGUGUUGUUUUAUUUUACAAGCAUCUCAUUUUUAUAAUCUUGUACGGUAACAAGAAUGAUAUUAAAGAAUAUUUAAAAAAGAUGCGAACUCAAAAAGUUGAUAUUGAUUCAGCUGGUCAUGCUUGCUUUAUUAAGAGAUUCUUAUGAAGACGACCUUGUACCAUUUGAGGGCUUCCAUGUUCAUGAACUGUCCGAAAUAAACGAGGUGGAAAGCCUGUUUAGUGAAGGAUUCACGUCCAUGUUGUAUGACAUACUUAGACCAUUGCUUACUCGUGCAUAAGAGUUCAUUUAAAUUCAUUCAUGGCUGUGAACAAUAGAAUGUGCUAAUUGGUUGUAAAAAUAAGGCCAAACACAUGCUAUGUUCACAUUACACAUUAAAAUUUGUUGCUGUAUUCUAUUCUCGUCACAUACUAGAAAACCACAUUUUAUCUGUUUUGAAAAUCUUAUGGCUAUGGGUAUAAUAUCCAAUAUUAGUUUCACAAUGUUCAUACACUUGCUUUGGCUGUUUUUACCAUAUUUCUAAGGAACCCGUUUGGUAUUUAUUGUAAAUGGUGGCUCGUCAUUUUUUCAUCUAAGGGAUUGGCUUGUUUUAGCCUGCUACCGCAUAGCUCUCUUAUUAUCUCCACUGAAUUUGCCACUCACAGAAUGUGUAUUUUUACCACCACUGCACAUUUGUUUGAAAUUUUAUAUAUACAACAUGGUACAUUAUGGACACAAGAAUUGUUUCUAUCAUACGAAAUAAAGAGUAUAAUUAGA